UAUGAAUAGGACACUACUUAUAAUUUUAAUUGGAGUAGCUCUAAUAGCAGUGAUUGAAUCGAAGCCAUGUUCUAGGAAAAGUAGACGGUGUGGCAGAACGAAAUGUGCUCGAGAUGACGUUGAGAAGUAUAGCUGCGAUGAUUCAUCAUCGUCUUCAUCAUCAUCAUCAUCAUCAUCUGAAGAAGAUAACCAUAAGAAAUGCGAUUCCUCGUCUUCAUCUUCAUCAUCGUCAUCGUCUUCGGAAGAAGAUAAAAACGGAUGUGGACGAAGCAAGGGAAAAGAUAGUUCAUCAUCAUCAUCUUCAUCAUCAUCGGAGGAAGGCAACGAUUUGAAAUGUGGCCGGAGUAAGGGGAAAAAUGAUUCAUCCUCUUCUUCUUCCUCAUCAUCUUCAUCAUCAGAGGAAGAUAAUGAAUGUCAAUACAAGCCUCGUGGUCACCACAUCAAAAAAUCGAGACAUUUACGAGAUGUGCGGUCAGAAAAUAACAUACUAAUUUAA